AGCAGUCAUUGUCGCGUUUCUACGGGUAGAAUGACUAAAGUGAUGAAUUUGUAAAUUACUAAUCAGCGAUUAGGUGUUAUCUAUAUUUAUAUCGCUCAUCUACACUGGAAACCUUUGUAGUAUUGAUUUGUAUUGUACAAUUAAUUGUGCACAAUGCUAUGGUUAAUUGCGCUGGUUCUGCUUUUGGUGGUGUUCUACCAGAAAGCGAUUAAGCCGCUUUCGUACUGGAAAGAUCGUGGAGUACCCCACAAGAAGGCCUUACCUUUACUUGGAAAUUCUAGUGUUCUAAUUUUAAAAAACAAGUCACUUCUGGACUUCGUGGAAGAUAUCUACAAUGAAUUUCCCAAUGACAGGUAUUAUGGACUGCACCAAUUUACAAAACCGCUCCUUUGCAUUCGCGACCUUGACUUAAUAAAGAGAAUAACGGUCAAGGAUUUCGACCAGUUUAUUGACCACAACAAUUUCAUUGUCGAGAAUGUGGACAGUUUGAUGAGUAAAAAUUUGGUAAAUCUGAAGGGGCAGACAUGGCGAGACAUGCGGGCCACCCUUAGCCCAUCGUUCACCAGCAGUAAAAUGAAAUCGAUGUUUCUGUUGUUUUCCGAAUGCGCCCAGCAAGUGGUCGAAUUUUUCGAGAAAAAGGGUGAAGAUGUGAUCCAGGUCGAAAUGAAGGACCUUUUCACACGAUUCACCAACGACGCAAUCGCGUCGACGGCAUUCGGGUUUAAAUGCGAUUCCCUUACAAACCAAACGAACGAAUUCUACACCAUGGGAAAAAAGGCCACCAACUUUGGAGGGAGUCGAUUACUCGUGAUGUCUUUUCUUGGAAUGUUCCCGUUCCUUCAAAAGAUUAUCAAAUUUGAUAUAUUUCCAAACAGCGUUUCCAAUUUUUUCCGGCGAGUAAUCAAGGAAGCCAUCGAUAAGAGGGAGAAUGAAGGACUAGUUCGACACGACAUGCUUCAUCUGCUGCUCGAAGCUCGCAAGGGAGUAUCCGUACAGGAAGAACCGGAGGUCGAGGACACCGGAUUUGCUACAGUUGAAGAAUCCAAAAUUCACCACGGAAAGUCCACUAAACUCAAACUGACAGACGAAGACAUAACCGCGCAAGCACUCAUUUUCUUCUUUGGUGGCUUCGAAACGUCCGCCACCUUGCUAUCAUUCAUGGCUUACGAAUUGGCACUGAAUCCUGACAUACAAGAAAGGCUUCAGGCCGAAAUUGACGACAUCUUGAACGAGUGUAAUGGAAAAUUAACGUACAACGCUCUUCAAAACAUGAAAUACAUGGACAUGGUCGUUUCGGAAACGUUAAGAAAGUGGCCGCCUGGUUUCCAACUGGAUCGCCGCUGCGUAAGAGAUUACGUGAUCGAACCGGAGAAACCCCACGAGAAACCUGUUACGAUCGAAAAGGGAAUGAUGAUAAUUAUUCCAGCCGUCGGCAUUCACCACGAUCCACAACACUUUGAGAACCCCACCAAGUUUGAUCCAGAAAGGUUCAACGACGAAAACAAGGUUAAAAUUAAACCAUACUCCUAUUUACCUUUCGGUUCCGGUCCAAGAAACUGCAUUGCCUCUCGUUUUGCACUUUUGGAAACCAAAACGCUAAUGUUCCAUAUUCUGGCAAAGUUUAGUAUGGUGGUGAUCGAUAAAACACAAAUUCCCUUAAAGCUCAGUAAGGCGAGACUUGGACUGGUUGCUGAAGAUGGAACUUGGCUUGGAUUGCAACCCCGAAAGAAAUAGAGGCAUAUACUUAUAAUUAUUUUACAGCAUCAACCUCGGAACGGUGCAGUUUUGUCACGAGUAUAAAGAGUACUUUAUCUCGUCAGAUGUAAAAAA